GAUUAUCAUCACGAUGCGAGCGGAGACCGUAGUACACAACGGCCGUUAGGCAAGAAAAUGCGGCCGCUUUAGGUGAAGGGUCGCCGACCGAACAAUUUCCUACAGUCCGUGCAUUCACUAAUUCUUAGAUAAGAAGCGCACUUCUGUCCGGUCUCGCCCUGUUCCAUCGCUCGUGUCGACAUUCCCUUCUCAGCCAUGAUCACAUCCAUCGUAUUCGACCUCGGGGAUGUCCUUUUCACGUGGUCUUCGCAUACCGAGACCAGCAUAUCCUCCAAGAUCCUGCGCGAGAUGCUCUCCGUCCCAACAUGGUUUGAUUACGAAUGCGGCCGGUGCGGAGAGGACGAAUGCUAUGAUCGUCUGGCCGCCGAAUUUUCACUCGACCCUCGAGAAGUCGCGACCGCGCUUCGAUGCGCACGCGAAUCUCUCCGACCUAACGAUCAGCUCGUCUCCCUCAUUCACGAAUUGAAAGCCCAGUCGCACGGCUCUCUUCGGGUCUACGCUAUGUCGAACAUCUCCGCGCCCGAUUACGAAUUUCUUCGUACUACAAAGCACGUGGAAUGGACGCUCUUCGAUAGAGUCUUCACCUCAGCGGCGGCCAGAGAGCGGAAGCCGAACCUUGCAUUCUACACCCACGUCAUCUCGGAGACGGGACUAGAUCCUCGUCGAAGCGUGUUCGUCGAUGACAAGAUCGAGAAUGUGCUUUCCGCCCGUUCUCUUGGGUUCCAUGGAAUCAUCUUUGAUAGUGCGGAUAAUGUUGCACGUCAACUUCGCAACCUCUGCGGGGACCCCAUCAAGCGCGGAAUGGACUUCUUGCGCAAAAACGCCGGGAACCUUCACUCAGUCACGGAUAGCGGAGUAGUGAUUUACGAGAACUUCGCGCAGCUUCUCACCUUCGAGGCAACUGGUGAUCGCUCACUCGUUUCUCUCACUGACCCCCCUCGGACUUGGAAUUUCUUCCACGGCAAGGGAGUGCUCACGAAGGAGGAAUUUCCCGAUGAUCUUGACACGACUUCUUUGGGGCUUACCAUGCUCCCUCGCGAACCCGACGUCAUCCAUUCAGUGCUUGAUCAAAUGCUGAAGAAUGUCAACGCUGAUGGAAUUGUCCAGACCUACUUCGAUGACACUCGUCCUCGGAUCGACGCGUGCGUAUGCGUCAACGUCUGCACCCUCUUUUAUAGAAACGGGCGUGACGCGGAAAUCCAACGCACCCUUGAAUGGGUGUAUCAAGUGCUGGUUAACCGUGCUUACGUGGACGGCACGCGAUACUACUCUACAGCCGAAUGCUUCCUCUUCUUCAUCGGCCGCUUCCUCACCAUGUGUCCGAAUCCCGAGAUUCACAGGAGGUUUGCAUCCAUAUUCAAGGAACGCGUACAGGAGCGCAUCGGCGUCCCAGGUGAUGCGCUCGCCCUCGGAAUGCGCCUUGUAGCAUGCAGCGUAGCGGGAAUUUCGAACCCCGUCGACAUGCGCACGCUGCUGUCGCUUCAGUGCGACGAUGGUGGUUGGGAGAUCGGCUGGGUCUAUCGACUCGUCGCGGCUAAAGUUAUGAUCGGGAGCAGGGGUAUGACCACGGCGAUUGCCCUACAAGCUAUCUCCAACUUCGUCUCUACUCCCCCGCCUCCUGCAGCCCCCUUGACAUCGAUGAGUCGCGCUCAGGUAGAGAGCAAGUCCGGAGUGGCUAGGGUCACCCUUUCCGACGAGGGCGAAUCUCGACCGCCAUCAUUCUUGCAAUCGCUCCGCCAGCUGGUUCUCCCGACGUAUUGAGCAUGUCCCUCGUUUCGUUUGGUGCGAACGCCGAAGAGAUAGCAGAGGGCUGAUGGAAUUCUGCGUCGUGUUCGUUGCAAGUAUUACGUGCUGUCGCUCAUUCGUUCUCCCGGCGGGAUCGUUAUUCGUCUUCGUCCUUUAUGUUCUGACACGUGUAGAAUGCGCAGCUAUGGCUUUCCUCGACCCUUAUUGUGCGCACUACUCAGAAACUGCUAUAGACCUUUGUAAAAUUCCACUGUAGAUCAUCCAC